GACUAAUCAACCUAUAUCAUCAUCAUCAUCAUUACCAUCAUCAUCAUCAUCACAUAGUUGUGAUGGCUUCCCGGGCACUGAAUCCUCGGACCGCCUCCCGGACGAUGUCGAUCUGGUCGCCUUUAGGAGAAGCGCAAUUUCAGCGCAGCAUUAGCACACUCUGGAAAGCUACACGGGGUCGGCCGAAAGACCCGCAAUGCUAUUCCCUUGCAUUGCAAAAAACGCCCGACGACGGCUUGCUGCCGGUUGCACUUGAGGUACAAAUCACGAAUGGCAUCGCGUUCAUCGCCGCGGCCAAGAAAGGUGUGGAAUUUGUGUCCGCGGUUGCAAUCGAAACACCACGGAAUCCAUCAGAUGGAUUGAGACUGAAUCUUGCUGCCAACGAAGAUGUCUCUCAAGCUGUGAAGGACUGUUUAGAUGAGAUAAUUACAAGCGUGAGUCAUGUAGCGCGCGGAGGUUAGUUGAUAAACGAUAUAAUGGGAUGUAGGAACGAACCCUCACGGGCUUCCAGAAAAGACGACCUUUCAAUGCAAAGAUGAUAUUUUGACUUUACUGGUACAGCUUCACCGUCCGCGCAUUAAGGCCCGCCUCCAAACCAAAAAAUCUCGCUAUCUUGUUCAGCAAGGCCUGGAGAAUAUAUUGCUGAGCUUGGCAGAGGACUCGGAAUCUCCACAGCACUCCCUAUUGUUUAGCCGCCUUGCAAUUCUGUGCGAGGCUUUGAGUCAGUACUGCAACCAAAUCGAGAAAUCCCGGACGAUCGAGGACAUCAAGAAAGUCGUGCGUGCGUGCUACGACUUCUUUGAACUCGCCCCAACUGGAGAAUGUAUGAAAAAUAUGCUUGAUCGGGGAGGUGUCGAUAUGGAUGAGUCGCGAGGAAAUCCCCACCUCCGACAGGUCGGGAAAAUCGCCACGCUAUGUCACAUUGCCGAGAUGUUGGCUCUGCUGGCCACCCACCAUAGAUUUCGCCCCUUGUGCGUCAACCUCGGUAUCCGAUAUCUGCCAGGCUACAGAACAAUCCAGUCACCCAUUCCUGCCGUCGAUGGCGGUAGUGAAGCGUGUCGCGUCCAUGCCGAAGUGCAGCUGGUGGUAGAGUUUGACAUUAGGCAGACCUCAGGAUGGCAUAAACCACGGGUGAUCGGCUCUAGUAAAGCUCCGUGCUAUCUCUGUGAGCUGUUCAUCAAUCGACAUGGUCAAUAUUUUGUUCCCCGAACCCACGGAAAAUUGACUCCUCGAUGGACCAUCCCAGAUCUUAAUCGAUUCAGCCACGGUCAUGUCUGCCAAUACCGGGGUAUUAUCAAGAGUAUGAAUUGCGAGCUCCAAAAGCCAGUGACAGUGCCUCAAGGACCACGUUUGGACCCAGCCAUGAGCUGGCAGGCCUUCUCACAACUGGAUCUGGCUGUGUUUCAAACAAUACCUACCAGUCAUGCCAGGUUAACGCCACCUCACUUACAGGCCGUUCCGCCCAGUGCAGUGACCCCUGAUCUUGACAGGCAACUUGAUGCCACUUUGAGCUUGCCGGACUCGGGCGGAAAUGAUGGACCUCAAAAAUUUGUGUAUAGGUCAACAGCAAAAGCGGUGAACUUGUCUUCACGAAGUCAAACUCCAGGAUUGACGGCAUUGCAUGUAACUCCGAACAGUUUCCACGACAAUAGCUUCUCAGUGGCGAACAGCACAUCCGGCUCUGCUUCGAGUCUCCAAAGUCGCCAUCAGGGCCAAUACUCACCUCAAGAGAUACACCUAGAACAGUCCGGAUCUUCUAUGAGUCUCGAUUCCAAGCAGCCUCCACCAGCUGCUCCAGUCGUGAAGGAUCAUGAAGCUCAGCUCUGCGAUAUAUUGUUCGAGUGUAGUAUGAAUGAACAGAUCAGCAUGCCACAUUGGAACAACACGAGCCGAAGAAUCAAUUUUCACGACAAGGAGCUCUUUCUUGAAAUUGAGCAUCCGACAACGGCCCAGAUGGUCGUCGUACAAUGCUCCAGGCCCAAGCAACCAGUAUCUCAUCCAGUUAUCGAGGUUGAUAAAUUAAAGGCUGGGGUCCCACUUGAGGUAGACACUGGGGGCCACCCAAGUGCAUACGGAAUGAUAUUUCUCACCAAGGCUAACACUGCAGGAAAUAAUCAAUGGUGGGCAUGUAUUUGGAAAGGGAAGAGCUGCCCCAGAGACGGUUGGAUAGGCUGCUGAACGAAACAUGCGUCCCAAAGACAAGAUAGAACGGCUGCGCAAGGAGCUAGAUGAUAUGAAGAGCGAAAUCAAGCAUGUUCGAGAAGAACGCACACAGUUUGCCAACGCUACUCUUUGAGAUGAUGAGUUCUUGGAGAUGAUGCGCGUUGUCGUUCGUAAAGAACGUUCACACUAGUCUGCGGACUUGGCAACUCGUCGACCACCAAGAAAGAGUGAGGAUCUACUGCUGCUUAGUGUUCCAACCUAAGCUAAAACUAUACCCAAACUCUUUGAAGUGCCGACAUUAGCCCCUCUUGCACCAUAACAUAUAUUUGCAAGCGUUAUUGAACAGACUAUAUCGAGGCCCCACCGCUAGUCAGGAGUGCGUAAUAUGCGUUCGAAAGCC